CUCAUUGGUAGUUGCAGACGCCGUCGCUGCGGUAGCAGCAGCAGCCGUCGCCGCACAAGCACCACCGGCAACAACAACAACAACGUGUGUGCCAAGUGGAGAGGAGCGAGCAACCAACUGGCUGCGAUGCCUUGCCGGCGGCCGGGCGGGGAACGCUUCCUGCUUCUGGAGCGCGCCGCCGUGUCUUUGCAGAGCGGCCCCGUCGGGGCGAGCAGCGGCUCCAAAGAAGUGGACGCUUUGGUGGCCAAGCUGGGCGAGGUGCUGCAACUUAGCGCCCAGCACCGGGCGGCGGCGCCUGCCCCUCGCCUCCUCCCGAAGCACCACGGCCGGGACCGAGCGGCUCCUUACUCGUCGCCGAGAGGACUCGGCUUCCUAGCCUCGCUGCACCACCAGCGCUCGCCGCCGUCGCUGCUGCUGCUGCCUUCAUCCUCGCCCCCCGCUCCGCCGGUCGCGGACCAGAAGGGCAGCCCUCGUGUCGCCAAACAGCUGUGCGGUCGGGGCUGGUUGCGGAGCGCGGCCCGGGCCGGAGGGAAGAAGAGGCAACCGCACCAUCAUCACCCUUUACUGCCUGCGGGCGACGAGGAAGAGGACGACGACGAUCCGCACCGACUCCUGCAACAGCUCAUCCUUUCGGGUAACCUCAUCAAGGAAGCCGUCCGUCGAUUGCAACUGGCGGCCACCGCGACAGCAGCCUCGACGGCGGCCGAGACUUCCGCCACGGGCUCUCCCGGCUCUGCCUCGUCCACCGGCAGCUGCUGCCACAGCAGUAGUGGCGAAGGAGACUCGGCUGCCGCCACAGCCUUCGCCGUCUCCUCUUUACAACCUCUGCCCUAGCCCCUUUGGGGUGCAGCCGGCCCCGCAGAUCGCCGCCAGCCGCCCCCUCCCGUGAAGCCAUGGGGAAGCGCAUGAAAGAGACUUUGCAUCGCCUACCUCCCCCCCCCCUUUACACACACAUUAGGAGGAUGGCGGGGGCGCAAACGCGAUGGCGACAAGGCACGACUGCAAAUCGCUCGAGAGGGAUUAUCGAGGCAACGCCAUAUACUUGAAGCAGACUCUUGUCUUAUUUGUUAUGACAUUUAACGAUUCUAGUUCUUUGUCGCUGGUGGCUACUAAUGGAGCCACGGGUUGGGCUGCUACUUCCUCCCCCUCAAGAAGAUCGUGGUGCUAUGCAGCCCUGGACGGCUGCCCCUCCAGCCUACCCUUGAACAAGCAGCCGAGAUGACCCCAAUCUGCCUUCCGCGCUAGGAUUUGUGCUCGCCGUCUGGACGCUAAACGCCCCACCUCCGUCGUGGCCAGCUCUGUAUGGGGGAGCGCAAAAAGGGGCAUCCCGUAUGGCAUUAUCUAGCGUGCGGAUUGUUUCCACGCACACGUUGAUAUGUGACUGGAGAGGGGUGAGCGGCCAGGCCGGGGGGGAGGGGAUGUUUAAUAAUAAAGGCAUGUCAAAUGUUAGCAUUGCACGGGAGAGAGAGAGUGUAUGCUAUCGAGCGCGAGUAUAAAUCCGUUUGAAGAGCUUCCGCCCUUCUCCCUCCUGCCAAGGUCACCCCCUUUUUGCCUCUCAUCCGAGCUGUGUUUUGUUCUUGUUGUGUUCCCCAGGCGAUUGGAAAUUGUAAUCCUACACCGGCUUGUUUUGACUGGGCUGUGGGCAAACCCUGUGUGUUUUGUAAGGGCUGGGAAGUCUCCUGAGGACGCGCACGCACGUUGCCGGAUCCAAGUUGUUGUGCUUUUCCUCUCCUCUCCCCCCACCCCGCUUCUUUCCAAGAGCUCCUCCUCUCCCCGCAAACAGAUUCUCAGAAAAGGGGUCAUAUUACAGCAGUCUUUCUAAGAAAUCUCUCCCCACCGCCACCAUAACGCACUCCCCUGCUCUGGUUACUGUCCUUGCCAGCCUAGCUAACUCUCUGGGGCUCUCCCCAGCUGAAGAGCAUUAGGUUUGCCUCUGUUACCCCCUCUCUGGUUUCUGUACUGCCAGCCAUUUCCUGCCCUCUAACACAGAAGAAAAUAAUUGUUGCCUCUGUUUCUGAUUUGUCUCACUGGAACCAUUUUCAAGAAGUCAGAAUGACGUCCUGGAGGACUCCCCCCCCCCUCCUUGGAGCAUUCAUUAUUUUUACGUAAAUCUUUGUUUUCGGGCAAUAUGAAGCAGUUUUAAAAUGUGAAUAUUAAAGCUGGGAAGCAUCUGGCUGUAACAAAAGUGUACAGAGAGGCUGAGGAUGAAGAGGCACACUGUUCACAAAAGGUAGCUAAAAAUGAGCUUUCAAAAAUAAAAUACACAGAAAACCUCAAUGGCUCAAUCAGCAGAAGCAGCUGUUGACAAAAUAUAUAUUAUAUAUAUAUACACUUCGUAGCGGAGUGUUGGAGUUGUGUUCCCGGUUUUCAGGGUUUGUCUUUAAUAUGUCUGUAUUGAAUAAACACGGUAGACUUUUAUAUGAAAAAAGAAA